UUGCUUUUGAUGAUUGCUUCCUGAGUCCAGAACGAGAUAGUGAUGGUGCUUGCCAGCUUCUACUAAUUAGUUCUUAAUGCAUAUAUUGAUUCGACCCAAGUCUAUAUAUGCUUAUCCUCUUUUAGUUCAGGGACACCAAGGCUGACAGAAAAGAUCGACUGAGUCGACAGUGUUAUCAACCAUGGUCCAUGAGAAGAAGCUGGUCUUGAAAGUAUCCGAUUGGCUUAGAGUCUAUGACGACGGCUCUGUCGACCGGACAUGGAGAGGACCUCCUCAGAUCAGUUACUUAUUGGAGCCUGUUCCACCUCACCAGGAAUUCAUUAACGGAGUUGCCACCAAAGACGUGGUUAUUGACAACACGUCCGGCCAUCGUGUCCGAAUAUAUCUACCGGAGAGAAAGCCAGAUGAUAACAACGAGACUAAGCUACCCAUAAUCCUUCAUUUCCAUGGAGGGGGCUUUUGCUUUUGCGAAGCGGAUUGGUACAUGUACUACCAUAUCUACACCAAAAUUGCACGUGCGGCCAACGCCAUUGUUGUCUCCCCCUAUCUAAGACAAGCACCCGAGCACCGCCUCCCAGCUCAGAUGGACGACGGCUUUUCUGCUCUCCUCUGGCUCCGAUCUCUGGCUCAAGCUGAUUCUCAUGAACCGUGGCUAAAUGACCAUACCGAUUUGAACCGCAUUUUCCUCAUAGGGGAUAGUUCAGGAGGAAACAUAGUCCAUGAAGUGGCUGCUCGAGCAGGGAAUGUGGAUUUGGGUAAGUUCAAGUUAUCCGGUGGGAUUCUUAUCCAACCUGGCUUUGUCCGGGAAACGAGGAGCAAGUCGGAGUUGGAACAGCCACAGUCUUCGUUUUUUAGUGUAGAUAUGGCGGACAAGUUAUUCAGCUUGUCACUUCCGGUGGGAUCAACCAAGGACCAUCCGAUUACGUGUCCGAUGGGUUCAUUGGCCCCGCCUUUGGAUGGUCUGAAGCUGCCUCCGAUGCUUGUUUUCGUUGGGGAGAUCGACGUCUUUAAGGACACUCAGGUGGAAUACUAUGAGGCCAUGAAGAAGGCUAACCAGGAUGUGCAGCUUUUGAGUUUCCCCGGAAUGGGUCAUGCUUUUUAUCUUUCGGCGGAAAUGAAGCCAGGCACGUCUGUCCAAACUGCGAGUCUAGUUUCUGAGAUCACAGAAUUUGUGAAGAAGCAUUGAAAUGGUAAUAAUUAUGAUGUUUGUUAUUGAUCUUUCUGUUCUACUCUGUUUUAAUUAGCAGCAGAGCAAGCAAGCCUAAUUAAGCUAGUAGCAGUAAGAGGCUUCUUGCCCUAUAUAUGUAUUUGGAACCCAUUACUCUUUAUGUGGUGUUCAAGUGUAACUUUUGCUUGUGGAAUAUAUGGUCUUUGUGUUCAGACCAGAGGGAAAAAAAGAUGGAAUGAAAUGCUCCGGUCCCGAAAUUGGACCAAAGUAUUAUUA